UCUUCUGCAUCCAUCUGCUUUAAUUUAGGUUUUUGCUUAUUACACAUACACCAACACUCGUCUAGAUUAUUUCCAAGUUCAAAAUGGUUGUGCUACCUACCCAUCGCCUUCUUCUUGUUGCUUUUCUCUUCUUUUGCAUCGUCUCCUCAACAGCUUCAGCCAGAAGUUUGAGGGAGACGAGACAUGUAGAUGAGAAGGCACAGACACCGAAUAGUUCCGCGUUUAAGGAGAAGGUGCACAGCCAAGGAGAAGAACAGUUAAAGGGUGAUGACUGGGUUACCAUGGACUAUACUCCUGCCAAAAAGAACCCUCCAAUUCAUAACUAAUCAGAUCCUCCAUCUUUAUCGUUUUCUUAGAGGAAGCCCUAAGUAUUCUAGUUGUAUUCUCUGCAUUUCUAUGUAUAUACCGUUAGUAUUAUGUUUACAGCUAUUCUGAACCUCUAGGACAUCAUCCCACAGCCAAAUCUCCGACACCAGCGCCUGGCUAGCUCGCUACUAUAUUUAGGCUCUAGAAUUUUGGUGUAAAUAGCUCGCAAGUCGAUCGCCGGGAGAAGUUGGAGGGGGAGCAUAUGGAGAAAAGCUUUUGCAGUUUUGAGCCGAACUAGAUACUAAAAAUUCUCUUUCUUGUAGACUAAGAGAAAACGUGUUUAAUAUAUAUCUAUCCUUUAUCUUAAUCCUCAUAUGCCAAUCAAUAUCCUGUUUCUUCACGUCCAUUUACACACGAGAAUAAGUGUAUCUCAAGCUCUAGACUAUCUAGAGUUGACUCGUUGUGCAGUUGUGCUUCGCCUGGAGGUAUUAUGUUAAGAAUGUAACAAAGGUGCCAUUAUAAACUUCUAUAACCAACGUGAAAAGAUAGCCACGUUUCUUCA